UCAAUUGACGCUCGGAUCAGUACCGCAAAGAUCUCCAAUGCCUUCCGACAUUCCCGAAACGCUCGCAUCCGCCCUCCCCUCGCACCUCAAACCGCUCACCUUAUCCUCCCACGGCGGCUCCUCCUUCUCUCAGAUCUUACAGCUGAUCUGCUCUGACACCUCUGCCAACGACACGGAAACCCACUUCUUUAUCAAAGUCGACCGCCAUCAAUCCCUCGUCCGCGGCGAAUACGCUUCCCUCCGCGCAAUCUGGAACGCAGUCCCCGACUUCUGCCCGGAACCAAUCGCGUUCGGCGCCUGGGAUGAAGCGAAGACACAAUGGUUUUUGGUUACCUCGUUUAUCGAUACAAACGGGAGCCCAGGCUCGGCGGAGUUCGCGAGGAAGUUGGCGAAGCUGCAUAGCACGACGUCGCCGAACGGGAAGUUUGGGUUUGAGGUUCCGACGCAUUGUGGUGAGACGAAGCAGUCGAAUACGUGGUGUGAUACGUGGUCGGAGUGUUACAGGGUUCACCGGAUUCAGCCACUACUGGAUCAACUUCCUUCGAGUUCCAUGUCAGAGUCGCUGAAGACUGCGCUCGUGGAGAAGGUGAUCCCACGGUUAUUGGUGCCAUUGGACGACAAAAUUAAACCGGCCUUAGUCCAUGGAGACUUAUGGUCCGGAAACGCAUCCGCAAACUACAUUUUCGACUCCUCAGCCUCAUACUCCCACGCUGAGUUCGAGAGAGGAAUCAUGAGCAUGUUCCCCGCGUCGGGUUGGAACAGCAAUUUUUGGGCCAACUACAAAGCCGUACGCGAGGAGUUAGGGAGUACAGAAGAAGACUUACGACCUGAGGAGAAGGCUGACCGGAUAAAGCUGUAUGAGAUGUACCACCAGCUCAACCAUGCCGUGAUGUUUGGCGAUGGAGGGUACGCGAUGAGCGCGAAACGAGCGGCGGAGGACCUGGUGAAGAAGUACGGCCAGUAAAGCCUUGGAGUCCAAGGCCAGGAGAAAGACGUUUCUUAAACUUUAAAAGAUCAGAGUACCAAAUAUAUCAGACAUACUGGGGCCGACCAGGCACCCGCCAAGGG